AACACCAGCCUCAUCAAUCAAAAGAAGAAGAUGGAGGUUGACCUGACCCAGCUUCAAUCAGAAGUGGAAGAAGCUGUGCAGGAGUGCAGGAACGCUGAGGAGAAGGCCAAGAAAGCUAUCACAGAUGCGGCCAUGAUGGCGGAGGAGCUGAAGAAGGAGCAGGACACCAGCGCCCACCUGGAGAGGAUGAAGAAGAACAUGGAGCAGACCAUCAAGGACCUCCAGAUGCGUCUGGACGAGGCGGAGCAGCUGGCCCUCAAGGGCGGCAAGAAGCAGCUUCAGAAACUGGAGGCCCGAGUGCGAGAGCUGGAGAACGAGCUGGAAGGGGAGCAGAAACGCAGCGCGGAGAACAUCAAAGGGAUGCGCAAGUUUGAGAGACGCGUCAAGGAGCUCACCUACCAGACCGAAGAGGACAAGAAAAAUCUGCUGAGGCUUCAAGACCUGGUAGACAAAUUGCAGACCAAGGUGAAGGCUUACAAGAGACAAGCUGAAGAAGCG